AUGGCUGGCGGCACAGCAGUGCUGGAGCCGACCUACCAUGGGUAUGUGGCUACGACGCAAGAUGCGCUGAUUUUAUUUGAGGCUUGUUUGACUGGUGUGUUGCCUCACGUGCCGCGACGACCGCACGAUCGGGAACGCAACCAUCUCGUUCGCAGUGGUAGUGUGUUUAUUUAUGAGGAAAACACAUCUGGAAUCAAACGAUGGACAGACGGCGUGACAUGGAGCCCAAGUCGAAUUCUCGGCAACUUCUUGGUUUAUCGUGAACUCGACAAACCAUUUCCCCCAGGCGAGAAGAAACGUGCAAUGAAGAAAGGAAACAGACGCCCAGUUCAGGCGUCGCGCCCUGGAGAACCUUAUCCGCGGUCAGAUAGUAAUGGUCAGUCUUAUUCACCCACGACACCAGGGUCAAAUUUCGGUGGAGAUCGCCCUCAGCAAUCCGACGUUGAGCGAGCGUUGGUUGGCUCGCUUGUGGAUUCCUACGGUUUCAAGGAUUCGGGGCUUGUAAAGAAGACUAUGAGUGUUACAGUGGCCGGAAUAACCCAUCAUUUGGUGUCUUAUUACAGUGUGGAAGAUGUGAUGAAGGGCAUUUUGAGCCCACCAUCUAUGCACGACGAAUUGCGCUAUAUCAGGCCCCGCGCCGAGCUGAUCUCAAAGCAGAGUUUUCGCGCUCCAAUCGAUGAUGUUGACACAGGACUGGAAAAUACGAACGAUCCUUCGCAGGCCAUGUAUGGAUAUAGGACCGCUAUGAUGCCCACGCCAAGCUAUGGAAUGCAAAAUACACAUUCUUAUGACUAUAUGCACAGCUCGCCAUAUGGAUCGCAUCCGACUCAACCCGCCCCAAUUUCGUCAUACGCCAGUGGACCGCUUCCUGCUCAAUCCGCAUCGAAUCCGUAUCUACCUACCCCUUCUAGCGUGUCGCAGCUAUCCGUCAAGCAAGAGCCCGAUCAAGGCUCAUACCGUGCAGGAUCCUAUGGUGCCACAUUUGAUACGAUGGGUCAGAACCACCUGCCCACAACUCUACCUCCUGCCAUGAAUGCAUCUGGCAUGCCCAAUGCUUUGGACCGCCACCGCCAUCAGCAAUCCAGCAGCCCGGGAAUCUACCGAAAUACUUCAAUGUCUGCUCGUGGAAUCAGCACGGAUGUGGCAUCACCAACCGAACCGCAUACAUCUACUACCCCAUAUUCUCGAAAUAGCUUCGGCAUGCCACCACAGAUGGACGCCAGCAAUCACCAGUCAUUCGAGCAUCGUAACGUCACGGUUGCGUCUUUUGAUCCUACGAUCCCACGCCGGGAGCCAAAUAACAUUCCGUCAUUCUACACCGGCGCUGCUGAUCGACAGAACUACUAUACUGGGGUGGCUCACUCGAAUUAUCCAACCGCGCAACCCAUUUCUGCCUGGACUACGACGGCACCAACCCACCCUCAAAUGUGA